AUGAAAAAGCUUUCUAGAAGUUUUUAUUUCUUUACUACGUGUGGGAUUUCUUUUAAUCGCAGAGAAGAAGAUGCCAUAGUGUCAAUACAGAUAACUCCUACAAACCUGGACCCACCCACCAUCACACCAUCCAGUGGGGUUGGCUACAUCUAUGAGAACUCUCCAGCCUUGACUUUGGUCUCUGACACCAUCAGUGUUACAAACGCUUUCAAGCUGACAUUUCAAGAUCCUGAUCUGCAAGCUUCUGAAGUUAAGAGCUACAAUUUUGUUCUGGGUGAUAAUGUAGGUAGUACUGACUCUUCAGCUUUCUCCGUACUAACGGUGAACAAUGAGGCAAGAUUGUAUUUGAACACUGCCGUGAACUAUGAGUCAAAGAACAGCUAUGUAUUUCUCGUUACAACUCAAGGAAUGACUGGAGCUAAAAUAUAUGCAACAGCUACUGUCACAGUCAGUGUUCUGGUUAGUAUAUUUUCUUUUGAGCUUCUCAGAUGUGAAAAAAUGUAG